AUGUAUCGGAAGUUGUCUAAGUUAGAACACUCGGAAAUAAAACAACUUCUUACAGAAGCUAACAUAGAUGUUGCAAAACAUUACGCGACAAACAAAAAAUCACUCGCUGACUUCAUUAAAGACUACAAUGGUGAAAUAAGUUAUGAUAGAAUUCAUGAGUUCAUAAAGCCGCAACGCGGCGAGGACGAAGUCCAUGCAAGAGCAUUUCCUUUAAAUGACGUUGCUAUUGACUUAUAUCAUAGACGUUCAGUAUCUCAUGAAGUAAGGCGUGAAAUGUUUGACAUAACAAAUGCAAACGUUGGUGAAACAAGAAGAAGAGACGACACACUGAAACAACAGAGAAGAGAGAUGUUUAAAAGUGCUAUAGAACAAGUUCGCAAAGCUAACGAUGUCAUUCGUUCCAUUGACGACAAACCAAAAGAAGGUGAGAGAUGGUUAAAGAAAGAUGAAGAGAAUAGGAAGAGAAAUGUGAAGUCAGGCAAUAGACUCAUUGACUUUAACAUCGAAGCUUUUGAUGAACCAAACAGAGAAUAUUUACACAAACAUUUCGGUAAGGUUUUCAUGAGACUCUUAGAGAAGAUUAAAAUAAACUCACAACAGAGAUGGAUGGUAUGUUAUAAACUUGGUGGAAAGUAUGAAUGUUCUACGUUAAACCUCAAUAAUAUUGGAACAUUACUACAUCAGCUCUUGAAGGAGAACUUUAUAUCAGAGAUAGAAGCAAAUGCUGCAGGUAUUGUUGAAAUGCACUAUGACUUCUUCUUGACAAACAUAAAGAAUCUUACCGAAAUAAAGAUGUAUGAUUUAACAGA